UUUCUCUACGGUACGCCAAUGGAAUGAUCUAUUGCAUCAGUCACAAAUUUGUCUGACAUCUCAAUCAAGCUCGAAACAAAAUCAAUCAUGACGUCUGUAACCAACAAGGUCAGCAUGCUGAACUCAAAUUUAGUCCAGGAAGAUCCACAAGACGCAGUGCAGCUCGCUAGAACUCUCCGCCGUAUCAAGCGCCGACUUCUUCUAGAACAGUGCGGUGUGGCCUUGCCCUAUGCACUGCAAAGCAGACCACAACCACUCCAUCGCUCUCCUUCUCAAGAUUCUGCCGAAUCGACCUUUCGAGUGGCAUUGAGCAAGAGUGGAACUUCUAUGGAACGACUUGCUGUAUCUUCUGAAGUUUCCUCUGCAGCUCCAUGCGUGGAAUAGUUGAGAUCAUACUUGUUCUAUCGAAAGAUAUCUUUCUCGUGAUUGAUUCAAUCAAAUUCUCACCAGUGUUCAUGAAGGGAUAUCCAUACUGUUUUAUUACAUGCAUAUCAUACUGUUGUACUGAACCGAAAUGAGCAAAGGCAUUCGAUUGCCUUUCAAAAGAAACACCAAACGUCGGCCUAUAGAAAAGGCCGUUCUACAUCGGUUUGAUUGUUACACAUACGAUCGCUCUCCGUCUGUAUCGAACCGAAAAUCCUAAUCGAAUCUACCUUCUCCUUCUUCCUCCAAGUCAUCUUCGAUCGUUUUCUUUUCCCAAUGGAUCAUCCAUCCCUGUACUAUCAAGAUAGUCAAGCGGUCAGGACGAAAGAGAAGARCGAACUACGACUACMAUCAAGGCAAUCCAAUCGGCACAACCUAUCAAUUUCUUGAUCCCUUUCCUAACUCACCGACUGGCCAGGUUUAACAGGGGGGACCAAACAGCAUGCACCAUACUCAUUUACGUCUUUGCUGUGUGCACGUACCGUUUUGCCCAACGAACAUAGAACAUGAUAGAAAAGAAUGCUCUGUACACGUUGUACAUUCAUCUUGAACACAAAAUAAUGAGAAUAUUARUGC